ACCACACCAAAACAGAAGCGAAGAAAGCAAAAGAGAAAAAAAGAAAAAAAAUCUCGAGAGGGAAAGGGGGACACGUGGCGGGUAGAUAGGCCACAGUGAGGUCUCCGGUUGUGUCUCAUGUGAGGUGCGUGCCAUGUCAGAGUCCGUUCCCCUAUGAGCCCGGCGAAUCCGAAUCAUCUGGCCCCCCUUUCUCUCUCUCUCUCUCUAGACUUUUCUCUCUCUCUACUUAUUUAUCGUUUCGCGUGUCGCGUCUUUAUCUUUCCUUUCGUAUCGCAACUUCUCUCUCUCUCUCUCUCUUUCUAUCGUCGAGGCCGUGCCCUAGAAGAGCCCCCCUUUCCUCAUCUCUCCUCCGUGACUUCCUUCAAUCCCUAGCCUCCGUUCUUCGGAUUUCUCGUCCUUCGAUCAUCGAGACUUAGUGUUUUAACUUAAUUUCCACCCCAAUCGAUUUCAGAUUCUGUGGAAGCAAAGUUAUUACUUCUGUAGGUGUUGUGAUUUUACACAUGAAGGUCUGUCCAUUGCAGUGUCAGGCAGAUGGUAUGAAACCAGAAGUAGAAUAUGACAGAUUCUGGCAGUGAAAUGAUUGAUAGAGAUUGGGUCAUGAAGCAGAAACGAAGAAAGCUUCCGUCUAUACUGAAUUUGUUAGACCAAAAAGGGGAUACUUCUGCGGCUAUUAUUGAUUCUCCGGACUGCACUUCUUCUGAUAAACCAACUAAGCAUCAGCUCAAGGCUGGUUCGGCUCCUGAACGGACUUCGAAAAGAAAGGGACAGUCCCUUCCUGAAAAUAAUUCUUUGGCUGUUGGUUCUCCGGAAUACACUUCUUCUGAUAAGCUAACUAAUCAUCAGCCUAGCAAUGAUUUGACUCCUGAAGGGACCUCCUCUAAAAGGAAGGGACAUGACGGGAAUUAUUUUGAAUGUGUGAUCUGUGACCUUGGUGGUGAUUUGCUGUGCUGUGAUAGUUGUCCUCGGACCUAUCAUACCGCAUGCCUCACUCCUCCUCUCAAGCGGAUUCCAAAUGGCAAGUGGAUCUGCCCAAAGUGUUCCCAAGACAGAAGUGCGCUAAAGCCUACCACACGUCUAGAUGCCAUUUCAAAGCGGGCAAGAACAAAAACCUCUAAAAGAAAUUCACAAGACAGGCCAAAGAGCGAGAGAGCUUCGCAGAUAUACUGCAGUUCUAUUGUUUCUGGAGAACCAUCUGCAGAGAAGGGGAAAAAUAUCUCGGUUGGGGAGAGCAAAUCCAUAGGAAAAGAAGUGAUGGAUGGGUGUUCUGCUGAGCUUGGUCAUGUAUCUGCGGAUGACCAACCCGAUUCAUAUGUCAUACCCACUGCAAAUCCGCCUUCCUGCGAAGAUCUCCCAGAAUCUAAACUGUCAAAUACCGGAAAAAGUCAGGAAGCACCCAUGGAGACAGUGGAACAUAGUGAGGUGGUGGUAGACAAGACGAUUGUUGAAGCAGAGACUGGAAAAGGUAAAAGGAAAAAACGGAAGCGUGAACCUGAUGAUGGGGAGACUCUUAAAGGGUGCAAGGCUGACAAGAAACAUACAAAGAAAAGUUUGUCCAAAGUGGGUUCUCCGAAAACCAAAACAUCGGAGUCUUCUUCGAAGAAGAAGAAGAAAAAGAAAAAUCGAGUGACUUUAAAAUCUCUGUCCCAAACUCAGUCCAAGGUGGAAAUACCAGAGAAAGUGAAGAAGCUAUCCAAGGAGGAACGUCGUGCAAUACGUGACACAGAUAAAUCUUCUAGUUAUUUGGAUGACAAAAACUCUUUUCCUCCUGCAAAUCUACAGGUGGAUCGUGUUUUAGGAUGCCGAGUCCAAGAUCCUAAUAAGACCUUACUGUAUGGUGCUCUUUCAGAUGACUUAUGUUCUGUUAAUUUACAAGAUAAUGACCAGCGAGAUAGCAUAGUGCAAGAUACAAAUGCUGGAUUGGUGGUUGCCGAGGACAUAACAGAUUCCUCUUCUGAGACAGCUAAGAGUUCCAGAAAUUCACGUCUGAGGGAUAGAGAUAUGGAUGAAUCUGCUGCAGGUACUGAGUGUUUGGUUGAGGAGAAAGAAGAUAUGGUUUUAGAAGACAAUUCUGAUGCCACAUUGAGUAAACAUGUGGAUAAUGAAGAUAAAAAAACUAGUGACACACCUGUCUCUGUUGAUGCACGUCACGAAAUGGGGGGAAAAAGCCCUGUGGCAGGGGAAGAAGUUGAGGAGCCUGUUGCCGCUAAAGCUGCAGAUCUUAUUGGAGAAACUGUUUCGUAUGAGUUUUUUGUUAAAUGGGUGGGAAAAUCUAAUAUCCAUAACAGUUGGAUUUCAGAGGCGGACCUCAAAAGUCUCGCUAGAAGAAAACUAGAAAACUACAAAUCAAAGUACGGAACAGCUGUUAUAAAUAUCUGUGAAGAUAAAUGGAAGCAGCCUCAGCGAAUAAUUGCUCUCCGGGUUUCAAAAGAAGGUUAUCAAGAAGCUUAUGUUAAAUGGACUGGUCUUGCUUAUGAUGAAUGCACAUGGGAAAGCUUGGAGGAGCCUAUUCUUAAGGAAUCACCCCAUUUGAUGGAUCUCUUUCAGAAGUAUGAGCAGAAGACAUUGGAAAGGGAUAUAAGUAAGGGUAUUUCCCCAAGGACAAGAGGUGAAGGUCAGCAAAGUGAAGUCAUUACCCUCACAGAACAGCCUUCAGAACUCAGGGGAGGCGCCUUGUUUCCGCAUCAGCUUGAGGCCUUGAAUUGGUUGCGUAGAUGCUGGCAUAAAUCGAAAAAUGUAAUACUUGCUGAUGAGAUGGGGCUUGGAAAAACAGUGUCCGCCAGUGCGUUUCUCUCCUCACUUUAUUUUGAGUUUGGAGUUGCAAGACCUUCUUUGGUUUUGGUUCCACUUUCAACAAUGCCGAACUGGCUAUCCGAGUUUUCUCUUUGGGCUCCACUCCUUAAUGUUGUGGAGUAUCACGGAGGCGCAAAAGCCAGAGCCAUAAUUCGAGAGUAUGAGUGGCAUGCGAAGUGUAAUACUGGAACGACCAAGAAGAUGACGCCCUACAAAUUUAAUGUCCUUUUAACUACUUAUGAAAUGGUUCUGGCCGACUCAUCUCAUCUACGUGGAGUUCCAUGGGAAGUUCUUGUGGUUGAUGAAGGGCAUCGUCUAAAGAAUUCAGAAAGUAAGCUGUUUAGCUUGCUCAACACAUUCUCUUUUCAACACCGUGUACUUUUGACUGGGACCCCUCUUCAAAAUAACAUUGGUGAGAUGUAUAAUCUGCUCAACUUCUUGCAACCAUCUUCAUUCCCUUCUUUGUCUUCUUUUGAGGAGAAGUUUCAUGAUCUGACAAGUGCUGAGAAAGUAGAGGAACUGAAGAAACUUGUUGCUCCUCAUAUGCUUCGACGGCUUAAAAAGGAUGCCAUGCAGAAUAUUCCUCCAAAGACAGAGAGGAUGGUCCCUGUUGAGUUGACAUCAAUCCAGGCUGAGUAUUAUCGUGCAAUGUUAACUAAGAACUAUCAGAUAUUACGAAAUAUCGGGAAAGGGGUAGCGCAACAAUCAAUGUUGAACAUAGUGAUGCAGUUGAGAAAGGUGUGCAAUCACCCAUAUCUGAUACCAGGUACGGAGCCUGAGUCCGGGUCUUUGGAGUUUCUUCAUGAUAUGAGAAUAAAAGCAUCAGCCAAGUUGACUCUGUUGCACUCCAUGCUCAAGGUGCUUCAUAAGGAAGGCCAUAGAGUUCUGAUAUUUUCACAGAUGACAAAGCUUUUAGACAUUCUGGAGGACUACUUAAAUGUAGAAUUUGGGCCUAAAACAUUUGAAAGGGUGGAUGGUUCUGUUGCUGUUGCUGAUCGUCAAGCAGCUAUUGCACGUUUCAACCAAGACAAAAAUCGGUUUGUUUUUCUGUUAUCUACACGUGCAUGUGGUCUUGGUAUCAAUCUGGCGACAGCUGAUACUGUCAUUAUCUAUGACUCUGAUUUCAACCCCCAUGCUGAUAUUCAAGCCAUGAAUAGAGCUCAUCGGAUUGGACAGUCCAAACAACUUCUGGUAUAUAGACUUGUCGUCCGUGCCAGUGUAGAAGAACGCAUUCUGCAGCUGGCCAAGAAGAAAUUGAUGCUCGAUCAGCUAUUUGUAAACAAGUCCGGAUCUCAGAAGGAAUUUGAAGAUAUCCUGCGUUGGGGGACUGAAGAACUUUUCAAUGACUCUGCUGGUGCGAACAAGAAAGAUACAUCUGAAAGUAAUGGCAACUUAGAUGUAAUAAUGGAUUUAGAAAGCAAGAGCCGGAAAAAAGGUGGUGGCCUCGGAGAUGUUUACCAGGACAAAUGUACAGAUGGAAAUGGGAAGAUUGUUUGGGACGAGACUGCAAUAAUGAAGCUGCUUGAUCGGACAAAUAUCCAAUCACCCUCCACAGAUGGCGCUGAUACCGAGUUGGAGAAUGAUAUGCUCGGCUCCGUAAAGCCUGUGGAAUGGAAUGAGGAAACAGCUGAAGAACAAGUUGGAGCGGAAUCACCUGCCCUGGUGACUGAUGAUACUGAUGAACAUAGUUUAGAAAGGAAAGAUGAUGAUGUAGUUAGUUUUACUGAAGAAAAUGACUGGGACAGGCUUCUGCGUAUGAGAUGGAAGAGAUAUCAGAGCGAGGAAGAAGCAACGCUUGGUAGAGGAAAACGUUUGAGAAAGGCUGUUUCAUACAGGGAAGCAUAUGCCCCAAAUACCAGUGGAGCUGUAGUCGAGGAUGGCGGUGAAGAUGAGAAAGAACCAGAACUUAAAAAGGAAUAUACUCCUGCAGGCCGAGCCCUAAAAGACAAGUUCACAAAGCUGCGAGAAAGGCAAAAAAAUCGGCUUGCAAAUAGGAAUGCUGUUGAAGAAAUUCCUAAUGGAAAUGUGGAUCAAGUAACUGAAGCAGCUAAUCAGGACGAAGAAAACCCUAUAAUGAUGGACUUGGACGAUAGCCAACAAUGUGAUGCACAGAAAAGGAAAGCCAGAUCUCCAGGGCUAGACGGUUCUUCAGAUCCUACACCAGAUCUUCCAAGUCAACAUCACCAUGGAGCAGAAUGUCCACCAUCUUUACCCCCAAACAACCUGCCGGUUCUUGGACUGUGUGCUCCUAAUUUAACGCAACCAGAACCCUCCCGGAGAAAUUAUUCUCGUCCAAGUAGUAGACAGAACAGGAAGAUAACAGGACCUCAUUUUCCUUUCAGUCUACCCCAAAGAUCGGGUUCGGUUGAGAGGGAAGUAAACAACCAGGAGCCUUCUAUGGGUAAACUAAAACCACAUAAUGUAAAAGAGGAACCUUCUCAGCAGCCUCUUAGUAAUAUGGAUGGUUGGUUUCCAGUUCGUCCGUUUCCCCCGGCAGGGGAUUUUGAGCGUCCCCGAAGUUCUGGUGCUGCUUUGGCUGAGUUCCAGGAGAAGUUUCCGCUACUUAACCUACCAUUUGAUGAUAAACUACUUCCUCGAUAUCCAUUUCAGCCGAGAAACACGGGAACUUCGCAUCAGGAAAUCAUGGCCAAUCUUUCGCUGAGGAAAAGAUUUGAAGGCAGUGGUCAUUCUAUGCAAGACCUAUUUUCCAUGCCACCAAUGCCGUAUCUACCAAAUAUGAAAGUCCCUCCUGUGGACCCACCACCUGUGUUCAGCCAACAAGAGGAGUUACCGCCUCUGGGUUUGGAUCAGUUUUCAUCAGCUCUUUCGUCUAUUCCGGAGAACCAUCGAAAGGUUCUUGAGAACAUUAUGUUGAGAACAGGCUCUGGACUUGGGCACUUGCAGAAAAAGAAAACAAGAGUAGACGCAUGGUCUGAGGAUGAACUAGAUUCUCUCUGGAUUGGGAUUCGCAGACAUGGGUAUGGAAACUGGGAGACAAUUCUUAGAGAUCCAAGGCUAAAAUUUUCCAGAUUCAAAUCUCCAGAAUACUUGGCAGCGAGGUGGGAAGAAGAGCAGCGUAAAUUCUUGGAUAGUCUUUCUUCUCUUCCAUCUAAGUCAAGCAGGACAGAUAAGUCCACCAAAUCUCCUCUGUUUCCUGGUCUUCCUCAAGGUAUAAUGAAUCGGGCUUUACAUGGAACUAGAUAUGCUACUCCUCCAAGGUUCCAGUCCCACCUCACAGACAUAAAGCUCGGAUUCAACGAUCUAGCAUCUACCCUUCCGUUGUUUGAGCCCUCUAAUCACUUGGGAAUGCGAAGUGAGCCUUUUCCUCCUCUGGACCAUUCUGGUGAUCCUUCUGCUGGACCAUCAAAUACUCCCAGCGACAAGCCUUUUCCACUCAACUCUCUUGGAAUGGGAAACUUAGGUUCGCUGUGUUUGGAUGGUUUAAGCUCCUUAAACACACAGAGUGCGGAUGAAAGACGGGAUGCCAUUAAGCGAGGGAAACUGCCUUUGUUUCUAGAUAUGCAGUUACCUCCAAUGCUUGAUUCAAGCAACAAUGUGUUCUUGGGAAGAUCAGCCAAUCCAUCUCUCCUUGAUCCAAACCGAGUGAUGAAUCUCCCCAAUCCGAUGGGGAAAGACGUAUUCGUAGGAAAUAGCUCUUCAGAGAACAAGUUACCUCAUUGGUUACGGGAUGCUGUGACUGUUCCCGCUGCAAAGUCACCUGAACCACCCGCUUUACCUCCAACCGUGUCAGCUAUAGCUCAAUCAGUCCGAGUUUUAUACGGUAAAGAUUCUACUACCAUUCCACCGUUUGUGAUACCAGAGCCGCCACCUCCUGUUCCCAGAGAUCCAAGACACAGUCUGCGAAAGAAAAAGAAACGUAAAUCACGUCCAUCAAGCCAAAUGACUACAGACAUUGCUAGUAGCAGCCACAAUGUAGCAGAAAGCAGCUCUCAAGGCAAUCCACCAAUAUCCUCGACUCCUCUUUUACUUCCACCAUCACUAUCAGGUGAACCUUCUGGGUCCUCUCAAGCCAAUGUACCACAUCACAAACAAAACAUCACAGAACCAUCGUCCUCCGAGCCAAUCAUAGUUCCAUCUCUUCAAGAAGAUUCUGUGGUAGCAGCAGAACCAUCUGAAGCACCAAAGCCAAGUCUAGAGGAAGUCACUGGUACGACAAGAUCUGUAUCGCCAGAGAGCAAAAUCUCUGAACCAAAAUCUACCAACGAGGAUGGAGACUCAGAUUUAGAAACCUGUGAGAAAAAUGAGGCUGAUCAACUUAUGAUUCAUUCAGACGAUAAGCAUUUGGAUGCGAAGCAAGAGGAACAACAGUCUGAGAAUGCCUCAAACAAGCAAUGUGAGCCCACAGAGGCUGAAACUCCAAACAUGGACACAGAACAAGAAGAUAAAGGAGAAUCCGUAAAGAUGGUGAUUGACAUUUCUCCAGGUGACGAUUGAAGUCUACAAUCGAAUUGCAUUGAAAAUAUACCAGUGUUGCUUUUGUUUAGGUCCUUGCGAUCAAAAUGGGUACUAUAUGGCUAUUAAGUUUUGUAGGUAUGACGCAACUCAGUGAAGAAGCAGUAUAUGUACUGGGACUUUCACCAUUUUUAUCUUUUUAAAUUCUUCUUGAUUUGUAAAACUUGUGUAAGAGAAUGACGAAGCCUAUUUUAAUGAUCUAACUAGUUGGUUUGGAUUGUGUAA